GGAGAGAAAUUAUCUUUACAUAUCCUCAUUUUGGUUCACACUGUGUAAUUUUGUGGACUCUGUACAGAACUUCUGGUCUGGAAAGCCUCUCCGUCGGUCUAAUAAGUUUAUUUUUCCUUCCUUUUUCAACUUUCUCUGAUCUGCUCGGAACAACGCCGAGAAAGGCGACAGAAACGGUUUCCAGGCUAUUGAAAACAAAAAUCAAAGAACAUUUAAUUUUCCUCUUCUCUGUUUCGCUUUUUUUAACAGCGAGCGGCAAUGAAUAUCGAGCAGUAUCUUCUGAAGGACUUCGAAGUUGAGCCAAAACAUCCUUCAGAGCAAGCCUUGAGGAGAUGGAGAUCCGCCGUCUCAAUCGUCAGAAAUCGACGCCGGAGGUUCCGAAAUAUUGCAGAUCUCGACAAACGCUCUGAGGCCGAGAAAAAGAAGCUCAAAAUCCAGGAAAAAAUCCGAGUUGCUCUUUAUGUUCAGAAGGCAGCAUUACAGUUUAUUGAUGCCAUGAAUCGGGAUGAGUACCAUCUAUCAGAUGAGGCUAGGAGUGCUGGCUAUUGCAUUCAUCCAGAUGAGCUUGCAUCCAUAGUCCGUAGCCAUGAUUACAAGGCAUUGAGAUUCCAUGGUGGUGUGGAAGGACUUUCAAGGAAAGUUUCUGUUGCACUAGACGCAGGUGUCAGCGAAAAGGAUACAUCCAAGAGACAAGAAAUAUAUGGUUACAAUCGUUACACAGAGAAACCCUCCAGAUCCUUUUGGGUGUUUGUAUGGGAAGCAUUACACGAUGUGACAUUAAUCAUCCUAAUAUUUUGUGCACUAAUUUCUUUAGGCGUUGGAGUUGCCACAGAAGGAUGGCCGAAGGGAACAUAUGAUGGUUUGGGAAUUCUACUCAGUAUAUUAUUGGUCGUCUUGGUUACUUCUAUUAGUGAUUACAAGCAGUCUUUGCAGUUCAAGGAUCUUGACAGAGAGAAGAAAAAAAUUUAUGUUGAUGUCACUAGGGAUGGGCUGAGGAAAAAAGUUCCGAUUUAUGACUUGGUUGUUGGAGAUAUUGUUCAUCUAUCCAUUGGAGAUCAGGUUCCUGCUGAUGGGGUUUUCAUAUCAGGAUAUAGUCUACUAAUUGAUGAAUCCAGCUUAUCAGGUGAGAGUGAACCAAUGAACAUAGAUGAAGAGAAACCAUUUCUUCUAUCAGGAACCAAAGUGCAAGAUGGAUCUGGAAAGAUGAUGGUAACAACAGUUGGUAUGAGAACUGAAUGGGGAAAAUUGAUGGAAACUCUCAGCGAGGGAGGAGAAGAUGAGACUCCACUGCAGGUCAAGCUGAAUGGUGUAGCAACUCUUAUUGGUAAAAUUGGUUUGACUUUUGCUGUAUUGACAUUCCUGGUGAUGACAGGAAGGUUUCUCGGAGAGAAAGCUGCUCACCAUCAAUUUACGAAGUGGACUUCAAGUGAUGCACUUAAACUCUUAGAUUUCUUUGCCGUUGCAGUUACCAUAAUAGUUGUUGCAGUUCCUGAAGGUUUACCACUGGCAGUGACAUUAAGCCUUGCCUUUGCUAUGAAGAAAUUAAUGGAUGAAAGAGCACUAGUUAGGCAUCUGUCUGCAUGUGAAACAAUGGGUUCAGCCAGUUGCAUUUGCACAGAUAAGACGGGGACAUUAACCACAAACCAUAUGAUAGUUAGCCGUGCAUGGGUAUGUGAAAAUUUUAUGGAGAAUAAAGACCAUGGAAGUGUAGACAAACUGAAAUCAGAGAUCUCUGAAGAAGUUCUAGGCAUACUUUUGCAGUCCAUAUUUCAAAAUACUAGCUGCGAAGUGACUAAAGAUAAAGAUGGGAAGAACUCAAUCGUUGGUGGAACACCAACAGAAUCAGCACUGUUAGAGUUCGGGAUUCAUUUGGGUGGGGAUUUUCGUAUGCAACGUACUGAAUAUAAGAUACUUAAGGUUGAGCCUUUCAAUUCUGUUAAGAAGAAGAUGUCUGUACUAGUAGGACUUCCUAACGGUGGGGUCAGAGCUUUUGUCAAAGGCGCAUCUGAAAUAAUACUACGUACGUGUGACAAGUAUAUUGAUUCCAAUGGAGAAUCUAUGGAUUUAACAGAAGAGAAGGUAAAUAACGCUACAAAUGUUAUCAAUAGUUUUGCCAAUGAAGCUUUGAGGACACUUUGCUUGGCUUUCAAAGAUAUAGAGGACUCCGGUGACAAAUCUAUUCCAGAUGAUGGAUAUACGUUAAUUGCAAUUGUUGGAAUCAAGGAUCCUGUACGCCCAGGGGUCAAGGAAGCUGUUAAAACUUGUUUAGCAGCUGGAAUAACUGUGCGUAUGGUCACUGGUGACAAUAUAAAUACAGCGAAGGCUAUUGCUAAAGAAUGUGGUAUACUAACAGACGAGGGUUUAGCCAUAGAAGGACCAAACUUCCGUAAUUUAUCUCCAGAACAGAUGAAGCAAACUAUACCAAAACUCCAGGUGAUGGCUCGGUCCUUGCCACUAGACAAAUACACAUUAGUUAACAAUUUGCGGAGUAUGGGCGAGGUUGUUGCAGUGACUGGAGAUGGGACAAACGAUGCUCCAGCUUUGCAUGAGUCAGAUAUUGGACUAGCUAUGGGCAUUGCCGGGACUGAGGUUGCCAAAGAAAAUGCCGAUGUCAUCAUAAUGGAUGACAAUUUUUCAACUAUUGUAAAUGUUGCAAGAUGGGGACGUGCGGUGUACAUUAACAUACAGAAGUUUGUGCAGUUUCAGCUAACAGUUAACAUUGUUGCUCUAGUGAUCAAUUUUGUUUCUGCUUGCCUCUCAGGAUCUGCUCCUCUUACGGCUGUACAGUUGCUUUGGGUGAACUUGAUUAUGGACACUCUUGGUGCUUUGGCACUGGCCACAGAGCCUCCAAAUGAUGGACUUAUGCAGAGACCUCCAAUUCCCAAGGGGGUUAACUUUAUUACCAAAGCCAUGUGGAGGAACAUCAUUGGUCAGAGUAUCUAUCAACUUGCUGUUCUUGCAGGUCUUAAUUUUGGGGGAAAGCAGCUUCUUGGACUUAAUGGAUCUGAUUCCACAAAAGUUCUCAACACUUUGAUAUUCAACUCAUUUGUGUUCUGCCAGGUUUUCAACGAAAUUAACAGCCGUGAGAUGGAAAAGAUCAACAUCUUCCGAGGGAUGUUCAGCAGCUGGAUAUUUUUGGGAGUAAUGGUAUCCACAGUGGGAUUUCAAAUAAUAAUUGUAGAACUUUUGGGAGCUUUUGCAAGCACUGUACCACUGAGCUGGGAACUGUGGGGAUUGAGUGUGUUGAUUGGAUUUGUGAGCAUGCCGAUUGCAGUUGUGUUGAAGUUCAUCCCUGUUCAUAAAGAAGAAGCAUUUGCGGCCCAUCAUGAUGGCUAUGAACCAAUCCCUUCUGGCCCAGAGCUGGCUUGAAAUUCCCAGCUCCAAGACUACCAAGCAAGGCUUUGUAUUUGUUUUGGGGAUGAUGAAGAAUGGACUUUGUUUAAGCUUGAAGUAUGAUCACAAAUUUUUGUCUCAUUAACAAAGGAAUGUUGUUAAUUAUUACAAUUUCUCAACUGCUGCAACUGAAAAAAUAAACGUUACUUUUUUUCUUCCCUUUUUGGUAUCUUUUUGUUCUAGAGGAACAAGAGCAUCUUAAGAAGGUAAGUAAUGCAAGACCAAUUGAGCUAUUUGUAUGUGCA